AUGGGCUCGAUCCCCGCCGCGCCCACGAGCCCCAACGGACUCUACGUGACGGUGCAGGAGACGUGUACGAAGCGCAUUGCGACGCUCGACUACCUGCGGCGCGCCCACGAAGGUCGCGUUUAUUUCUUCAAUGUGAUGCUGACGCCCCGCGCCGAUCUGCAAAAACUCGUCUACCCCGACGUCAAGAAGCUACAGAAGAAGGCGACAAACUUCUUCAUGCUUGGCAAUUCGCUCCCCAGCAUCCUCGAGCUCGGCGCGACGAGCCCCCUCGACUACCUGCGCGCUUUCAAUGCGCUCCUGCAAGAGUACGAGACACACAUCGCGCUGCCGCCCUCGAGACAACUCACCACGCGCGCGCACUCCAUGAGCCUUCCCAAAUUCUUCCACCGGUCAGGGCACACUGUGAAGCAGCGGCGGGGGAGCUCAGCGGCGAACACGUCGCUGCCGGAUCCACUAGGCCUGGAGCGAACGCGGAGCUCGAGCAACUCUUCGAUGUCCGGCCCGACCAUCUCGGCGCCGACAUACCCGGGCGAGGACACGGUACCUCCGCUGCCGAUAUCGCUCCCCGCCGCGCCCAUGGGCGGCAUUCCGGGCGAGGAGUACAUGUACCUCGCGACGCCCGCGCUCCCGUUCGAUCCCGACUACUUCGAAACCUUCGCGACGCUGUGCGACGUCCUCAUCGACGUGUACAGCCGCGUGCUCAGCCUGGUCAAUGGGCCCAACCUCUGCGGCCCCGGCGUCGGCGAGCUGUUCCUCAAGGCCGACGCGAAGAUCCGAAGGAUAGUCGUUUCUGGCACCGUGAGGGAGUGGGAGGAGGCGGUGAGGAACGGCGUCAAGCGAGAGGUCGGCGGCGUCGCGAGGGAGGUCCUCGGCGGGAUGCUGUAG